AUGAAUUCUAGAAGUGAUGCUUAUCAUGCAGUUAAGCGUGGUCCGAUAAAACUUAAAGGAAAUAAAUCAUUGUUUUCUAAUAAAUCCAAGAAAAAGAAGAAAUUUGGAGAGAGCGAUGGCACGCCGACUAAUCCGGAUGUCGAGAUUCAUGGUGGUUGGAGAUCAAUAGAGAAUGAAACUGAUCUUCGAGGUGGUAUAAACAUAUGCAUUGAAUGUGACACAACGCCAGGGACAUAUCUGGCUGCCAUGGAUAAUGGCCGAUUUACGAUUGGUGGACCACACUUAGCUGGCGAAGGACCAAAUCCAGAAGAAAUGCUUACAUUAAUAAAAACACCAGAUGAUGUGCUUAUCAGCAUGAAAACAGGUUUUGGCAAAUAUGUUGGCGUUGAUUCAGAAGGGAACCUUAUCGCUACAGCUGAUGCUAUUGGAACGAGAGAACGUAUGAUUGUUGUCUUCCAGGAGGGUAAAACCGCAAUACAGUCUGCUUCGAACAAUCUCUUUUUGAGCAUGAAACCUGAUGCUGAAGGUUAUAUACGUGUUACAAGUCGAAAAGCGGAAGUUGAUGAAAUGAUUAAGUUACGAACCGACUCCAAAAAGGAAGGACCUGUUGACUGGCGUUCAGAGGAAGAUAGAAAAUCGGCUGCCGAAUGCGAAACAAGCUAUGUGAAAAUGUAUCAGCAUUCGAAAGUUGCCGUUAAAGGAAAAUAUAUAAAUAUCAAUUUGGACGAUAAAGAAUCCGUGCGUCGUGCCCAGCAAGAAGGCAACUUACAUGAAUUGUUAUUGGAACGUCGGGUUAAAACAAAAAGUGAUAAAUAUUGCUGA